UCAACAGGAUUAGGUGUGCCUUUCAUCCAAUCACAGUGUCAUUAUUGAGUGAAGGGACUACCUGAAAACGCCCUCUUGCCCUCCCUUUCCCUAGACCUUUAUAAACCUGGAACUUGGACUGAAUAGAGGGACAUUCCUCUCCAGCUUGUCUCUGGAGCUUCUUGCAACCGAAGGGCACCGUCUGCCUCACCCUCUGUGAACUCGGGGCCCUGCUGGCAGGACUGAACCCUGAGAACUGGUGCCACAACAGGGACCUGAAUAGUUCAAGACCUGAAAAUUCGAGACUUCGAGAUUUGAAGACUUCAGGACUUCAGAACAGGGACUGCCUGGUCCUGUGCUUCUGAUGCACUGCCGCCUCCCUCCAGGGCAGGAAUUUCUCAAGUUGAAGUUAAUUGCAGAGUUGCCAGCUGACCAGCAUUCAUAAGAAUGAAGAUAACCACAGAGAUGAUGGUGUGUCUAAGAAACUUCAAAAGAUGCCGACCUCCUGAUUGAAGUAUAGCUGACUGAUUUGUCAGUUUUUUCAUUAUAAUUCUGUAUAUGUACAAGAGGAAGUCAUGAUUACCCUAACAGAGCUGAAGUGUUUAGCAGAUGCCCAGUCAUCUUACCACAUCUUAAAACCAUGGUGGGACGUGUUCUGGUACUACAUCACCCUGAUCAUGCUGCUGGUGGCAGUGCUGGCCGGAGCUCUCCAGCUUACACAGAGCAGGGUUCUGUGCUGUCUUCCAUGCAAAAUGGAAUUUGACAAUCACUGUGCCGUGCCUUGGGACAUACUGAAAGCCAGCAAGAACAUGUCGUCUAGCCCCCAGAUGUCACUUCCACUGCCCCUCCGAAUCCAGAAUGAUCUCCACCGACAGCAGUAUUCCUACAUUGAUGCUGUUUGUUAUGAGAAACAACUCCAUUGGUUUGCAAAGUUCUUCCCCUACCUGGUGCUCCUGCACACGCUCAUCUUUGCAGCCUGCAGCAACUUUUGGCUUCACUACCCCAGUACCAGUUCCCGACUGGAGCAUUUCGUGGCCAUCCUUCACAAGUGCUUCGACUCUCCGUGGACCACCCGUGCCCUGUCUGAAACAGUGGCUGAACAGUCAGUGAGACCCCGAAAACUCUCCAAGUCUAAGACUUUACAAUCGUCCUCAGGGGGUUCUGCCGACGUUGACUCCAGCAAGCAGUCAUUGCCCUACCCACAGCCAGGGCUGGAGUCCCCAGGCAUAGAAAGCCCCACUUCCAGUGUGCUGGACAAGAAGGAGGGCGAACAGGCCAAAGCCAUCUUUGAGAAAGUGAAGAGAUUUCGCAUGCAUGUGGAGCAGAAGGACAUCAUUUAUAGGGUAUACCUGAAACAGAUAAUAGUCAAGGUCAUUCUGUUUGUCCUCAUCAUAACUUAUGUUCCAUACUUUUUAACCUAUAUCACUCUUGAAAUUGACUGUUCCAUUGACGUGCAGGCUUUUACAGGAUACAAGCGCUAUCAGUGUGUCUACUCCUUGGCAGAGAUUUUUAAGGUCCUGGCUUCCUUUUAUGUCAUUUUGGUUAUUCUCUAUGGCCUCACCUCCUCCUAUAGCUUGUGGUGGAUGUUGAGGAGUUCGCUAAAGCAAUAUUCCUUUGAGGCAUUGAGAGAGAAAAGCAACUACAGCGAUAUCCCUGACGUGCAAAAUGACUUUGCCUUCAUCCUGCACCUGGCAGAUCAGUAUGACCCACUUUACUCCAAACGUUUCUCCAUAUUCCUGUCCGAGGUCAGCGAGAACAAACUGAAACAGAUUAACCUGAACAACGAGUGGACAGUAGAGAAGCUGAAAAGUAAGCUGGUGAAGAAUUCCCAGGACAAGAUAGAGCUACGGCUCUUUAUGCUCAGCGGCCUCCCGGACAAUGUCUUUGAGUUAACAGAAAUGGAAGUGCUGACCCUUGAGCUCAUCCCAGAGGUCAAGCUCCCCUCUGCCAUCUCACAGCUGGUCAACCUCAAUGAGCUUCGUGUCUACCACUCAUCCUUGCUGGUGGACCAUCCUGCACUGGCCUUUCUAGAAGAAAACUUAAAAAUCCUCCGCCUGAAAUUUACAGAAAUGGGAAAAAUCCCCCGCUGGGUAUUUCACUUGAAGAAUCUCAAGGAACUUUACCUGUCAGGCUGUGUGCUCCCUGAGCAGUUGAGUACCACACAGUUGGAGGGCUUUCAGGACUUGAAGAACCUGAGGACGCUCUACUUGAAGAGCAGCCUGUCCCGGAUCCCCCAAGUCAUUACAGACCUCCUGCCUUCACUGCAGAAGUUGUCCCUUGACAAUGAGGGAUGCAAACUGGUGGUGUUGAACAACCUUAAAAAGAUGGUCAACCUGAAGAGCCUCGAACUGAUCGGCUGUGACUUGGAACGCAUUCCACACUCCAUUUUCAGCCUGAACAAUUUGCAUGAGCUAGACCUCAAGGAAAAUAACCUGAAGACAGUGGAGGAGAUCAUUAGCUUCCAACAUCUUCAGAAUCUGUCCUGCUUGAAGUUGUGGCACAAUAACAUUGCUUAUAUUCCUGCCCAGAUUGGGGCAUUAUCUAACCUCGAGCAACUCUCUUUGGAUCAUAAUAAUAUUGAGAAUCUGCCCUUGCAGCUUUUUCUAUGCACCAAACUGCAGUAUUUGGAUCUAAGCUAUAACCACCUGACCUUCAUUCCAGAAGAAAUCCAGUAUCUGAGUAAUUUGCAGUACUUUGCUGUGACCAACAACAAUAUUGAAAUGCUACCAGAUGGACUAUUUCAGUGCAAAAAACUUCAGUGUUUACUUUUGGGGAAAAAUAGCCUCAUGAACUUGUCCCCACUUGUGGGCGAGCUGACACACCUGACACAUCUGGAACUCAUUGGUAAUUACCUGGAGACGCUUCCUCCUGAACUCGAAGGCUGUCAGUCCCUGAAGCGAAGCUGUCUGAUUGUCGAAGAGAAUUUACUGAAUACUCUUCCUCUCCCUGUUACCGAACGUCUGCAGACGUGUUUAGAUAAAUGCUGAUCUAAACACAAGUCACCCAAGUCUCAGAACCAUGUUGGAAAGUCAGCCUUCAGGCUGUGUGUGAGAAGGAAAAUAUCCUGUGUAAUAAAGAAAACUGAGUGGUGAUUGUGAUGAGUGGCAAGCAUGAGUCACAUUAAAGCAACUCAGUGUCUAGCCCUGCUUUAAAGGUGUUGACACUGAACGGAAAUUUUGUUAAUAAUUGAAAUUUAACUUAUUAAAUUGUUGUAAGAAGUAUACAUCAAGGGUGAAACUGGGGGGAGGGGCAUGAUAUUACUGACUUAUUAUCUUCAUAUUUUUACCAUGAAGACUGCACAGGUAUUAUUUCCUUUUCCUCCCUCAGUCUGCAUGACUGAUUUGCACAAUUAUUUUAACUGACUUCCUGUUUUCAUACUUAUCAUCAAGACCAUGAAAUCCUCAACAUAAAUUUCCUUGAUGUAUACUUCUUUGAUUUAAUUCUUCCCUUUUUUUUUUUUUAAAGAAUGUAUUAUGCUUGGCAGAACUCCUUUUUGGCUUAAUUUUAACUUCCUUUCCCAGCCUGCUUGAGUCUUGCUUGAUCUAAUUUUCUCUAUAACAACAAUGACCCCUGAGAGAAAUGCCCGCCUUGGGGCUUGGAUUUGAAGAGAAGCAGGGCUCCUAAUUAACAUGUGUUCUCAGGCAUCCUGGAAAUCAAUGUUUUCUUGAAAAGGUCUUCAUACUUAUCAUCGAAGCCUUUUUUGAUUUGUGAAGAACUUUGAUAUUAAAUGUUAAACAUUUCUAUGGUUAGUUUUGGAUUCAACAUCUGUAAAAAUGAUUUUUGUAAGGUAGUAAGACCAUAGGCAUAUUGGUGUUCUUAGUUUUGGUUGUCUAUGAUUCUCAUGUUUGUGUACAUUCUGUUCCAAAUGUUUCAUCACUCUGCAGCUCAUUGCAUUUGGACAACAAAAGCCUUGUGUUUCAUCCCAUGAAGUAUUUGGGAGUUUCCUUGUGAGAGAAUGGCUUAUCAUCUACCUCUCUCUUCCCUAACUGUUAUGCAACUGUACGGGUACAAUUCCUAAUUAUUCACAAAAACUGUGAUGGAGGAGACAGGUACAGACUUGGCUUUCAGAAUUAAUUUUAAAAUACUUGUAGAAGUUUAGCAAGCAUUGAAGUGAAACACUUUUUUCCCUCCAUCCGCAUGCUCUCUAGGUGUGAUUCUGUUGUAAAGCACUCAGCUUCUAUUCUGUGUCUUGUAGGAAUUUUCAAAGCCCACAAAGAACUAGAUGCAGUUAACUGAAAUUCAUCUCAUGACUUUAUCCAUCUCUUGUGGAAUACACUUUGGUUCCUUAUUAUAAAGAGCUGUGUGUUUGACCUUUUAUUAUUAUGCAUAUUGUUAAAUGAGUAAAACCCACCAACUCACAUUUGGGAAAUGUGCAUUUUCAAUAUGCUUUCCUGUAAUGGCUCCAGGCAUUUGAUUGCCACCUCUUUGUGGAUGCAACUCUGGAAUAAGCUAUUAGCUGCAUCUAUACCAAACUGGAAAACACUACAGAUAGAGAGUACUGGAAAUGUGGAAAUGUGGUGUGUGGUUUUGUUUUGUUUUUUUUCUCUCACUUUGUUCCAGGAAGAUGAAAUUGUUCUUUGAAGUAUAACAAAUGUAGCUCACCUCUUCUUCCACACACCACUAAAGUUUAGGCAAAGAAUGAUUCACGUCAAAUAAAAUUUGAAUAGUAGUAGCUAUUUUAAAAAAUGACCACCAAAAGCUGCCAAACACAUUAUUGUUUGUACUGAAUGGGGAGAAACUGUAUAAAAAUAAACUUUUUACCAAAAUUUGCCUUCAGUCAGAACAGUUGAGUUCUCAGGGAACUAGUCAUAACUGAUGAAACUUUAUUCUAGAACAUCAAAAAAUAGAUCCUGACUAUAUAGAGCUGUUUUGUUAUUGUUUUUUCCAUUUCUUUAAUGUGAGUUGAUGAUUAUUUUCAUGUUUCACUAUACAAUUAUAUGUACUGAUUCCAGUGUUGGAUAAAAUUAUCUUUGGUUUGGGAUGUGUACAUGAUACAAAAAAAAAAGUGUUUUCAGCCACAUAGUUAGCCAAAUUUGUAUGAAAAAAAUCCAUCUUCCCAUAUAGGGAAAGAGUUUUAAAAAUAAAAUUCAAGUUUGUUACCACUUGACAAACUAGAAUUUUUCCAGAGCAAGUCACUGGUCCUUUUCAACUGCAAAGAUCAGUGGCUGAAUUUCCCUUAUCACCUGCAUAAAUUUGUGGGAGCAAUUUACUGGCAGAAUCAAUAUUGAAUAUUAGGAGCUGUUUUCCAACACACUAGAAUAUGGUCAUUGGUGUAAAUUACAUUACUAAUGAUGCUGUGGGUUUUGAAUUUCUUAUCUAAAUAUUGUUCACCAGUAUUUAGGUAGCUUUAGAAGCAACAUAGUACUGAAAACGUUGAACAGUGAGAAUACACCACUUGACAAAGAAAAUGGUGGUGUUAAUACCACCUUUCCUGCACUGUCAGGGUGGGUCUUUAUUUUACUAGUAUCCAUUUUCCUUUGGUAAUGAAGAAAAUGGAGUUUGUAAAAUUGUAAGACUUUAGUUGACAUUUCUAAUAAUGUGUAUGCAUUUUCCAAAAAAAAUAAUAAAAAGGAAGUUAUGAAAAAACAAAGUUUAUAGCUUAUGCCAGUAGUGGUGUUAAUCCAUUUUAUUUGCAUCACCCCAAAAACAUACACAGGGAUGAACAGAGAGAUACACAGAUACCCAUGUAUACAAAGGGUAACUUCGUUUUCUAUGCAUUGAGUAUGUUUUCCAGAACUACAAAAAGUUGUAGGCUAAUUCUAGGAUCACAGUCAUUUUUAUUCAUUAGUUAUAAUCAAGGAGAGUUCUGUUUCCUUAGUUGUAACAUUUAAAAGAAAACCAAAUUCUCCAUUUUAGUUUCAGAACCUAAGUGUUUGUAUGCCUGUAAAGGUAUGGCCUGCAUCAGGACACAUCUGUUUUGUACACAGGAAAUAUAUUUUCACUCUUCAGCCUUGGUGCAGUUGUUCCCCAGUAUUUACUCUCACUGAACAUUGAUUUCACACAGGGUCAGGGGAGCUUCUCAGGAUCACAGUGCUGUCACAGCUCCAGUAGACAUGCUGUGUGUGGCUGUGGUUAUUUAUUCCUACAACAUUUUUGUUGGGUAGUGAAAAUAUUUGUUUUUUGUUCCUCACAUGUUUUGUGACUCAAGUUUUACUUGUUUAAAAUAUCGCAUACUACUGGAUCAUGAAAAUAAACCAUUGUUCUCUGGAAUUGACAUUAGUUCACCUGUUUUUAAUAAAAUUCGAUUUCCAUCUUAAUA